AUGUCUUCCCAACAAGGACCCAACAGCGGCGGCGAUCUCUUCGACAUGGCGAAGGAUGGCACAAAAGUCCCUGAGUCCGCUGCUCAGCCCAACCUCAUUCCCUCAAAGCCUAGGCCAGACCAGAUUGCUUCCGCCAGCGACCCAAAUCAGAUUGGCGGAGCGAACCUCGCCGAAGCGGCUGACAACCAAGGCGAUAUCCCAAGAUCCACGCGCGACGUUGAUCACCAAGAAAUCCUGACCGGGACAGGAGAUGCCCUUCCCGCCCAGACCAUGGGCAAGCGUCUGCACAAUGUACCCGGCGGAGUGACUCAAGACCCUCAGGCGAAGGGUAGCACAAGAUUUGAGGCGCACAAGGCUGGCGACAGCGACAUCACCCGAGGCGCGACUGAAGGCUCGCUGGUUGACCAGGACGCUGUUGGCUUGGAGAACCUGACGCCGGAGCAGGCUGCAGACAAGGUCGGGCACAAGGAGUAA